AUGACCAAGGCACAAAGUGAAGUGAGACAAGCCUUCAAAGGGAAAUCGAGUUUUGAUGAAGAAGAUCUUGAUAAUUUGCCGUACCUAAUGUUAGUGGUUAAAGAAACAUUAAGGUUACACGCUCCAAGUAUAGUGCAUAGGGAAUGUAGGGAACAAACAUGUAUUGAUGGAUAUACAAUACCUUCUAAGGCCACAGUACUAGUUAAUACAUGGGCAAUUGGAAGAGAUCCAGAAGUUUGGCAUGACCCUGAGAGUUUUAUACCCGAGAGAUUUGAAAAUUCUUCUAUUGACUAUUUGGGAAAUCACUUUGAGUUUAUUCCAUUUGGUUCGGGGAAAAGAAUUUGCCCUGGAAUGCAGUUUGGUUUAGCUAAUUUUAGAUAUCCUUUGGCUCGGCUUCUCUACCACUUUAACUGGGAGCUUCCAUAUGGAACUAGUUCGAAAGAUUUGGAUAUGAGUGAGAAACCUGGAAUGAGUGCAGCGAAAGAGAAAGAUCUAUUCUACUUUAUUACAAAAGUUGAAUCUACUAGGAAGCCAGUUGUUUCUAAAUUGGUUGACAAAUGA